AGAAUGACUCUGUCAAAUGUAUCUUUGGUAACAGAAUUCAUUUUUCUGGGUUUAACAGACAAACCUGAGCUCCAAACACCCCUGUUCCUGCUAUUUCUAGUAUUUUAUGCAAUAACUGCCUUGGGGAAUUUGACGUUGAUAAUUCUAAUUGUGCUGCAUUCUCAUCUUCACACCCCCAUGUACUUUUUCCUACUUAACUUGUCCUUCAUAGACAUCUGUUAUUCAUCUGUGAUUACACCUAAGAUGCUGAUGAACUUUGUACUAAGGAAGAACUUUAUCUCCUAUAAGGGUUGUAUGACCCAGUUCUAUUUCUUUGGAUUUUUUGCUAUUUCUGAAUGUUAUGUGCUGACAGCAAUGGCCUAUGAUCGCUAUGUAGCCAUCUGUAAUCCAUUGCUGUAUAACGUUGCCAUGUCUCCCAAAAUGUGUGCCUAUCUAAUGUUUGGUUCAUAUUUUAUGGGACUGUCUGGUGCCAUGAUCCAUACUGGAUGUGUCCUAAGACUGACCUUCUGUGACAGAAACACCAUCAACCACUAUUUCUGUGAUCUCCUCCCGUUGCUGCAGCUCUCCUGUACCAGCAUCUAUGUCAAUGAGGUGGAGAUGUUCAUUGUGAUAGGAAAAGACAUCACUGUUCCCACUGUCGUCAUCUUUACCUCUUACGGCUUCAUCCUCUUCAGCAUCAUCAAAAUAAGGCCCACUGAGGGCAGGUCCAAAGCCUUCAGCACUUGCAGUUCUCACAUAAUUGCUGUUUCUAUGUUCUUUGGAUCAAGUGCAUUCAUGUAUCUCAAACCUUUCUCAGCUGUGUCUAUGGGUGAGGGAAAAUUCUCUUCUGUCUUUUACAGCAUUGUGGUUCCCAUGAUGAACCCUUUAAUCUAUAGCUUGAGGAAUAAAGAUGUUAAAGUUGCCUUUAAAAAAACCCUGGGCGGAUUUUUUUAA